UUUUUUUUCUCUGUAAAAUUUUGUAUUCUUUGCUAGGAGUUUUUAGAUUUUUAAUAAAAGAAUUUUUUUCUUUGUUGUUUGUUUAUUUUUUUGGAGGAAUUCAAUCAAAAAUUAAAAAUUUAGAUAAAAUUUUUUCAUUUAAUUGGAAGAUUUCUGCGUUUUGAAGCAGCAUCCGGUUCUGUAACUUUGGUUAGUUAGAGGUUAUAUAACAGUAGUGAUAACGAUGAUGAUAAAAAUGAUGACGAUGACGACGACGAUGAUGACGACGACUAUGAAUACGUUGAUUAGGAUGAUGACGUCAUAAAGGUAGUGACGGUAAUACCGACCAAAGUAAUAAUAACAAUGCUUGUGAUGAUUGUUUUGACGAUGACGUCAUAACAAAAGUGUUGACGGAAGUGAUAAUGAUGAUGAUGAUGAUGCUGAUGCUGAUAUUUUUUGUUUAUUUACAGCAUCUUAGAAGAGCCAGUUAACCAGACAAAAACUGACAAUGGGCCACAAGGACGAAAAGAAAGAGAAAGACGAAAAGAAAGAAAAGAAGGAAAAGAAAGAAAAGAAAGAAAAAAAGGCGGAAGAAGAAGCAGCUCCUACACCAGCUGCUGAGCCUGCUCCUGCAGCGGCUGCUGAAGAGGCAGAAGAAGCAGAACCGGAAGUUAAAAGUGAACCUAAACGCAAACACGUCGGAAAUGUUUUUGCUCUCUUCAACCAAUCUCAAAUUCAGGAAUUCAAAGAGGCGUUCACAAUGAUCGAUCAGAAUAGGGAUGGAAUCAUUGAUGCCGACGACUUAGCAGCCAUCUACCAGCAAAUUGGUCGCGAAGCAGAUCCAAAAGUACUGAAGGAGAUGUUGAAGGAGUGUCCCGACAAGCUGAACUUCACUCACUUCCUCACCCUAUUCGGAGAGAAACUGCACGGUACCGAUUCGGAAACUGCCCUGAGAGAUGCCUUUUCAAUGUUUGACGAGGAGAAGAAAGGGAAACUCCACGAAGAAUACUUCAAAGAACUUCUCACCAACGUCGGAGACCAGUUUUCGGCUGCUGAGAUCAAGCAGUUAUGGAAGGAGCUGCCAAUCGAGGGAGGCAUGUUAGAUCACCAAAAACUCGUCAGGAUCAUGAAAAGAGGAAAUGAUGAUGAAUAAGAUGAUGAUGAUGAUGACGACGAUGACAAAGAUGGUGAUGAUAGGAAUGAUGAUGAAAAAGAUGAUGAUGAUGACAAUGAUGGUGAUGAUAAGAAUGAUGAUGAUGACGACGAAUGAUGGUAAUGAUAUUGUUGAUGAUGAUAGUGGUGUUUGUUAUUGGAAUGAUGAUGAUGAUGAUGGUUAUAAUGACGUUUGCAAUAGUGAAAUGCUGAUGAUGAUGCUGAUGAUGAUGAUGAUGACGAGGGGCAAAUGAACGAAACAAAAAAUUUUUCAAGAAAAUUUUUCACAUGAAGUUUAUAGUCAUACCUUUGUCUACAUAGUAUCAUUGCUGUUGUUAUUAUUACUACUAUUAUUUUAUUAUUAUUGUUGUUUAUUAUUAUUAUUGUUGUUGUUGUUUUUAUUAUUAUUGUUGUUUUUAUUUUUUUGAAAAGUUUGUAGUCACUACUAUACAAUAUAUAAUCUCAAGUGCAUAUUGAGA